AAACAAAAAGUCAGGCAGUACCUCAAUAUACUAUACCACCGCUCAGGCAUAUUCUUGGACACCUACAGGUCCUUCUUUCUUUUCCUCGUCCCUGAGCGAGCAACGCUAAGAUGAACGAGACAGUCACUGUCAGGACCAGAAAGUUUAUGACAAACCGGCUGCUUCAAAGGAAGCAAAUGGUUGUCGAUGUCCUGCAUCCAGGCAAAGCAACAGUCCCCAAGACCGAGAUCAGGGAAAAGCUUGCAAAAAUGUACAAAACCACCCCAGAUGUGGUGUUCGUCUUUGGCUUCAAAACUCAGUUUGGCGGUGGCAAGACAACAGGGUUCGGCAUGAUCUAUGACUCGUUGGACUACGCCAAGAAAAACGAGCCCAAAUACAGGCUGCAAAGGCAUGGCCUUUAUGAGAAGAAAAAGACAUCUAGGAAGCAGCGCAAGGAACGCAAGAACAGAAUGAAGAAAGUUAGAGGCAUCAAGAAAGCCUCUGUUGGUGCUUCUGGCAAGAAGAAGUAAGAUCUUCAGGGAAGACCAUCGGCCUGAAAAUGUUCUUGUACAUUGUCAACAAAUAAAUUCUUUAAAAAAAGUGGA